AUGUCUUUGAAUGGGCUAGAUACCGCCGCUGUCGUUGAAGCCUACCAAAGUGCUCUGGCAGACGCCGGUGGGUGGUUUCUGCUGCAUUAUGUGGCCAGAGAUGAAGUCGCUCUGCUCGAGCGAGGAACUGGCGGGGUGCCCGAGAUUCGGAAUGCCAUUGACAGUUAUGAAGAAUCCUCGCCGCUCUACGGCUUCCUCCAGUAUCGGCGCAGAAAAGUGAUCAUUCGCUAUAUGCCGGAGGGGUUAUCUCGCCUGAUACAAGCUCGAAGCAAUGUCCAAUUCACCUCCGUCACCGACAAGUUCACCCCGAACGACACCGUCCUCCCUUUGUCUAAAGCCUCCGAUCUCACCGAAAGCGCCCUGUCGUCCGCAUGUCUCCUUCACACCGCUUCAACCUCUAUCACUUCCUCGUCGAGCUCCCUCCGUCGUCGCCGGCUGAUGGAAAUCACAGAGGAUGCAGAGGAAAAUGGCACCAGGGAUGAGGCCCCAAGCCCGGUGCAACAUUCCCAAAAACCUCCUCAAAUACCUCUCCAAAAACCUCCCCAAAAACCUCCCCAUCUUGUGAACCAUCAACGAUCAGAGAGUAUCCAAUCCGAAGCCACCAUAGUGCCGCCCCCUGAAGAAACCCCACCGGAACUGCAAACGAUGUCGCCAGAUAGUGAUAGGGCUGUUAUUGAACCCAUGCCCCCGCCAUCGCGGGCAAGCUCGAGAGCUCCGUCUCGUAGAAGUCCCAGUGAACCUCGCGGAAGCCCGAGUGCAUCAUUCUCGGCAGCACAGUCCCCUAAGUCAAGCGACCUCGAACGCUCCAGCUCUCGGUACCGAAAUAUUCUCGAUGAAUUCCCCCGUCCGUCAGAGGAGGCACGUAUGUCUACUCAAUCCGCGCGCCCCUCACUCCGAGAUUUGGAACGCGCCGCUGGAUUCACUCCAAAGGUCAAACUGGGACCGAGGCCGUCUGUCGAUAGCAGUGGAAGACCCCGCACAGCGGGCAGCACUAGAAAUGCAGACCAGAGGCCUGUCGCGUCCCUGCCUACCAAUAUGCGCUCUUCUUCCGUGCGGAAGCCGAACCCUGAUGCCCCUCGUCCUCGAUCUCAGGGAAGCACCUUCGCCGUCAAGCCUACUAGUCGUGUACCACCAGUUCCACCUCUGCUUGUUCCGCCUCCAUCGAUUCCUAUCUCCAGGCCUCAAUUAUCUCCGGGUGCUAAGUCUCUAGGGGCUUUGUCUACUUCCUCGGGAUUGAGUCCCGAGAAAGAGCGGUUGAUGAAGGCUCUACAGCAGAGGAAGAAGAAUAUGGCGAAGCGGGCCGAAGAGACGAAGAAGAAGAAGCAAGUUUCUGAGGGAAAGAAGCCUGAGAAGGAGGUUCAGGAACUGGAGGACAAUAAGGAGAAUCUUGCUGAGGCUCCUCAACUCGAAUUUGAACGGCCUGGGACCGAAACGGUUCAGCAAGAUCAACCAGAUACUCCGUUGGGAGCAGCUCCUUCGGCUCCCGAGCCUGUACCUGAACCUGUUCCUGAAUCGAUGCUCAAGUCUACCCCUGAGCCGACUGUUGAGCCCCCUGCUGAGCCAGUUGAGGCUACCCCCGAGCCUGUUCUAGAAGCUGUGGAACCUACUCCCGAAGCAGCCGUGGAGGCUAUUUCUGAGUCUAUUUCACAGGACCAGCCUGCCGUGAUUUCCGAAGUAGUGCAGGCUUCCGAGCCUCUCGAGUCGUCUCAGCCAGAACCGACCGCUGAUGCUCCUGUGGCAAAGCCCGAGGUUGGCCCAGUCUCGCCUAUCUCGCCUACCCUUCAUACUACAGUCUCUGGACGCGUUGAUACACCUGUUGAGACUGUUCAGGCCGAAACAUCGCAGGCACCCCCUGAAGCUGAAACGCGCCUUGAGGACUCCGCAAUCCCUGAUCGUGCCCCACCUAGCAAUGUCGACGUCCCACUCCAAAAUGAAUCCUCCGAGGCCCCAGAACCGGAAUCAGACCCCCAAUCGCAUUUCCAAUUUUCUAUCCAACCCGUGACAGAUUCACUGGACACGCCUGAGCCUGCUCCAGUUGAAUCCGAUCCCAUUCCUGCCACUCCCUCUAUCACUCCUCCUCAAAGCGCCGACAACGACCUUCCGGUCGCGCCCAUUUCUGUCUCUGUCGAGCCUAGCCCGGUAGACAAAGUCGCCCCUGAGUAUUCACCUGCUCAAAAGGCUGAGCCUCUUCCCUUGGACCAGAGGCGGCGGGUCCACUUAGAACCUAUUCAAGUACCCACCCCGGAGUACUCUGACGACGACAACCUCCUUUCUGACGAUUCCUUCAUGGAGGAGCUGACAUCAGCCACUGUUCAGGAGGCAAGACCGAUUUCUGUCAAGUCCCCUAACGGUGGUGACCAUGGCUGGCGAAGCUCUCGUGCUGUCUCGAGCCCGUACUCUGCCGCAUCGCCGUCAGCCAUGCACGCGCUGGCAGUUGGAAGAUCGGUCUCUAGCUCUUACAGUGAGAAUGGCCCCCCUACGCCGGUACUCAUGGCCAAGAAGAUCAAUGUCUCCUCUGGCAUUUCUAGUCGUAUCAAGGCUCUAGAGAAGUUCUCGAGUCGGGAAGGCACUCCUAUGGGCUCGAGUCCGACCGUGUCUGGACCGUCGGCCGCCUCAUCUUUUGAGAACCUUCGCAAGCGCACGUCUAUCUCGCUGCCCAGCGGAAACGAAACCACUCCGCCGUCAACCAUGCAUUCCGCUCACCCAGAAGGCUUUAGCCGCGCCCCGAGCGUGAGCCGCCACGACCCUCGUCGGAUGUCUGUGGAUGCCAUGCGCCGUGCAAACUCAGUCUCCGUAACGGCCCACAUUGUGCGCGAUUCAGAUAUCUCCCCCGGCUCAUCUGGAGUUGAACCCUCGGAGUCUGACGUUCUCGGCCUCCACGCCAGUCCAUUGACUGUUGAGCACGAGAUGGCCGAUGAGCCUCCGUCAUCCCAGGCAUCAAUCGCCGAAACCUCCCGUCCUGAGGACCGAAGCAUGUCAAUGUCAUCUACCGGGUCUGGUCGUCCAUCGUCAUCUCGCCCUGGUAGCCGACUCUCUCUGUCAUCUCGUCCAAGGACUAGCGAACCUGCCCAAUCUGCAUCCCCCACUUCCGAAGACAAGAAGGCAUCCCGCGCGUCGCGCCUCAUGCGCCGUAUGUCAUCCAUCACAUCGACUUCUCGUCGUAGCAUCAUUGGUGCCCUAAGCUCACCAGUCAAAGAAGAAGAGUACACUCCCACAUUUGGAAACAGCUCCAGCGAGGCCCCGACAUCCACGACUUCUCGUACUUCCGAACCUAUCGAUAUCGGCGAAGUCAAUGUCCAGUUCCCAGACACAUUACUCUGGAAGCGACGGGUCAUGCGCAUCGACGAAAAUGGUUUCGUCGUGCUCACUCCCGGCACCAACGACGCCGCCACCCGUAACAUGACCAAACGCUACCAUCUCACCGAGUUCCGGAAACCUUGUCUACCCGAGGAAGAUAUGCAGGAACUGCCCAACAGCAUUUUGCUCGACUUCCUGGACGGAAAUACGCUCCAAUGUGCCUGCGAAUCGCGCCAGGGACAGGCGUCUACUCUGCAGACUCUCAUCGACGCCCACAGCGCCCAUCAGCAAUAA